AAGUCCUUAUCAGCGGGUUAGUACGAAACGAACGAACCCAUGCAACAUGCGUGUUUUAACUUUGUUGUCUCUCCUUUGCGUGAUUGCUGCUGGCUAUAGUCAGAGCCACGAUUUAGCUGUGGGUCAGGCUACCUAUGGUGACGUCAUAGUUUACAGAGUUAACGAAUAUAAAUACGGCUUUCCUCUCGUUGUACGCACCAGCAUACUUGAAUAUCCUGAACCAGGGCAGCACAACUACGCUUAUAUUCGAGCGAUAUAUAUCAAAGAUCACUAUAAUGAUGGAAAUGGUGGCUAUCCAACAAUAUCUUCUGGUGGUAUAGGACAGAGAUUCGUAAAAAUCAAGUUGAAGAGCCAAAGAAGUCACGGAUUCAACUUCACUGUGACCAUCUACGGGAGAUACUAAAAAUGUUUCUUCAGUAAUCAGGUUUUUUCCAUGGUUAUUACAACUUCAAUAUACAAUAUGUUAAGGAAUUUUGUAAAUAUUUCACUUAUUUAUUACAACACAUGAUAACAAA